CUCCAAUAUAAGCUAACGAGUUAUUCCGUGAGGUUUUGUCUCUAGGGUUUCAUCAACACCGCGGCAGGAAGCUUUGCAUCGCAGCGGCCAUGGUUCUCAAGACUGAACUUUGCCGAUUCAGUGGUGCCAAGAUAUAUCCUGGGAGGGGCAUCAGAUUUGUCCGGGCUGAUUCUCAGGUGUUCCUCUUUGCCAACUCUAAAUGCAAGAGGUACUUUCACAAUCGGCUGAAGCCAUCGAAGCUGACCUGGACAGCUAUGUACAGGAAGCAGCAUAAGAAGGAUAUUGCCCAAGAGGCUGUAAAGAAGAGGAGACGUGCGACCAGGAAGCCGUACUCUAGGUCCAUUGUUGGUGCAACAUUGGAAGUCAUCCAGAAGAAGAGAGCCGAAAAGCCAGAAGUGCGUGAUGCUGCUAGAGAAGCUGCUCUGCGUGAGAUUAAGGAAAGGAUUAAGAAAACCAAGGACGAGAAGAAGGCAAAGAAGGCAGAAGUGUUGGCCAAGUCACAGAAGGCACCAGGUAAGGGUAGCGUUCCCAAGGGAGCAAUGCCCAAGGGUCCAAAACUCGGAGGUGGUGGUGGAAAGCGUUGAUCAUCUCCUGUUUUGUUUUGUUAUUUAAAUUCUCAGGUUUGGUAGAUAGGACAUGUUAUAAUUUUGAGUUAUUUUUACGUGUUAAGAGAAUUCGUGGGUAUUAAUUGCUAAACUUAUUGUGCACUUAGUUGUAUUUGGAAAAGUCUUAUAAUCGAGCUAUUCAGUUCCCUUCUGGUUUUUGA